UCCUUGGCAAUAUCACACGCUUCUGUUCAGGUUUUAACACUAUGUCACGUGAAUCAAAAUGGAGGCUCGGCCUACAGCCGAGUUGGUUCCAGAAACUGUAAGCGCUAGUAACUUGACGGUUGGCAGUAAAAAUUGUAAUUCUUAUCGUCUCGGUUUCCACGUCAACAACAGCAGUGACAAUCAUCACUUUCCUACGACGCUCGCUCAUGCUGAUAUUUUUGCUACUACUGCUGUUCUCUCCCUCCUCUAUUGUAUCAAAACAACAGGGUUUUUGUGAGUGGCCCGAGUUAAUACAACCACCACCACUCAAACCGCCGUCAUAGUCGGUCUGUCCGUCUAUCUCUUUAUAUAUGUAUGUAUGUGUGUGUGUGUAUGAAUGUACGUAUGUAUGUUUCUCGCAGUGCAACCCUCUUCUGCUACUGUAGCAUUUGCGUGCCGCCACUGUAGUACAACAACAAACACCCUUCCUUCCCGUCGGGUGGAAGAAGGAGGGUUUAAAAGGAGUUUUACUGUGUGCUGUAAAUAUCAUUGAUAUCGAACUAAUAAUAUCUUAUUAACCACCAGGAUGGGAGGUGGGAACGCCAAGCUGUCGGCCAUCACCUACGAGGAGGCCGUCAAGAGGGUGACUGAAGCUGAAAUGAAGCGUUUAAAAAAUGCUUUUAAGCGCACUUCAAACUUAAAUGGAUUAAUGACUGAAGGCCUAUUUAUUAGAGAAGUUCUCUGGGAAGGAGUUCCCCCCAAAUUUGCUCAGUUGAUAUAUCGAGCAUUUGGUGGCACUCCUAAAGGACUCUCUUUUAAAGAUUUACUAUGUGGUUUGGUGAUCUUAACACGGGGGAUGCGGGAAGAGAAAAUAAAAUUACUAUUUGGGAUGUAUGCUGAUGAAGCCUUCAGUUAUAUACAAAAAGAAGAAAUGGAUCGACGUAUUUUAGAAACUGAACAACAAGUUUCCCAGUCGCUUUCAGAACUUUUUAAAGAGUGUGACCAAGUGACCUAUGAACAAUUUAGUUCCUGGGUGAGUUUACAUCCUGAUGCCACUCUUUUAACCAAAUGGUUGUUGUCAGAACCUCUCAGUGUGACAUUAUCCAAUGACAUGGAAACACCAACAUUUUACCAAACUUUGGCUGGAGUUACACAUUUGGAAGAGACAGAUAUUAAUGAACUUGAAAAAUGCUAUUGGGACCUAAAGGAAAAAUCAAAAUCUGGUCGGUUUGACCAAGAGACAUUCAAGCAACUUAUUUGUCCACCUGUACCAGAUAUGUUAUGUGAAGGUCUGUUUCUUGCGUUUGAUGAGAACAGAGACAAUCAUAUUGAUUUCAAGGAAAUGGCUUGUGGCAUAUCAGCUUGCUGUCGAGGUCCAAAAACAGAGCAACAGAAAUUUUGUUUCAAAAUUUUUGAUACUAAUCAUGAAGGAAAACUUGAUAAAGAUGGUUUGAAAUCUAUGUUGGAAGCUCUUGUAUUGAUACGUAAAGAGAAUAACUCACCAGAAGAACUGGAAGAUGAUGUUUUCCAUCGAUUAGAUCCCGAAACAGUUGCUAUGGAAAUUCUUCUUUGUCAUGAUGGAGACCAGGAUGGUUGUAUCACCAUGGAAGAAUACUUGGUAUGGACUGUUAACAAUACACUUUCAGAAGACCUGCUCAAUCUCCUCAGUCAAAUAUGUCAUAUUGUAUUGGGAUUGCGACCCCUUACACGUGAAGAAGAAGGGAAGAUAGUCAGGGGUUGGUUAGAGAGAGAAUCAAGAAAAGCCUUAAAAGUUGGUCAGACAUGGUACCUUAUUAGUAUGGCAUGGUGGAAUUCAUGGAAUGAGUAUGUUACAUCAGAAGCUCCGCUCUCAUACAAUGAUAUUGAUUUUCCUAUAUCAAAUGAUAUAAAAUGGUCAAGUAUAGACUAUUUGGGCCGACAGAGAAUUGCUAAGAACAAUAAGAACUCUUUAAUUGCAAUGGAAGAUGAUUCAGUUGUAAUGGUGAAUGUAACAAAAGUUGAAAAUAGCUACACUAUGCAAUCAAUGACAUCUAGUCUUCUAGAUGAUCACUGUUCUCGGUCAGCUGUCAGUUUGUGUGGUAAUGCACGACAAGAAACUCUUAACCCACUUGACAUGUGCAGCAAUACAGUAAAUCGUAGUCCCAGUGCAUCUCCGAAGAUGCGAAAGAAAACUCAGGUAUAUCCAGCUCCCCAGAAGCCUGGAGCUAUUGACAAUAGUCCUCUUGUACAAAUAAAUACAUCAAAGGUAAUGACUUUAACAAUUGAAGGUGGUCGUCUAAAGAAAGAUGUACCAUUAGUGAGAUCUCGCGAUUUUGAAAUAGUUCCUGAACCAGUUUGGAGAGCUCUUUCUAGUUGGUAUGGAGGCAAUCCAGCUUUACCACGCACCGUAAUUACUUCAUCAAAAGGUAAUGCAUAUUCAGAAUUAGAGUUAUAUCCAAUAACCGUCCGCCUGUUUCGACAUCAAAAUAUACCCCAAAAGCCUGUCCAAACAACUUCAACUUUCACUGGAAUGAUGGCUGGAAUUAGUGGCAUGACAUUUAAUAUUGCCAACUUUUCAGCAAAUACACCCCGCCGAUAUUUAGCUUACACUGCAGCAUUUAGCCGACAUCAUACAUUGCAACAAAUCUAUGAAUUUCUAUGUGGAAGACUUCGAUUUAAUAAAGAAGAUAUUCGACUUUGGAAAUUUAAAGAUGAGCAUAACAUGACUCUUUUGGAGGAUGACUGUAUGACAUUAGAAGAUGCUGGGGUGGAAGAAAAUCAACAAAUUCUUAUUGAAGUUCGAAACAAAGAUCUCACAUGGCCUGAAGAGAUGUGUCAGCUUGCAAAACACAGAAAUUUUAGUAAAAAAGAUAAUGUACCCACAGAGCAAGGUGCAACAGGUUUAAAUAAUUUGGGAAAUACAUGUUUCAUGAAUGCUGCUGUCCAGUGUGUCUCAAACACUUGGCCCCUUACUCAAUAUUUUACUGGUGGCUUACAUCUGUAUGAGCUUAAUCGAAUGAAUCCAUUGGGUAUGAAAGGUCAUAUAGCUCAGCGAUAUGGUGAAUUAGUGAAAGAUCUCUGGAGCGGCUCAUCAAAAACUAUUGCCCCACUUAAACUCAGGUGGACGAUUGGUAAAUAUGCUCCUCGGUUUAAUGGAUUUCAACAACAAGAUUCUCAAGAGCUUCUCAGUUUCCUUUUAGAUGGAUUGCAUGAAGAUCUCAACCGGGUCCACGAGAAACCAUAUGUUGAAUUGAAAGACAGUAAUGGACGUCCUGAUGAAGAAGUAGCACAGGAAGCUUGGGAAAAUCAUAUACUUCGUAACCAGUCAAUUGUCGUUGAUUUAUUCCAUGGUCAAUUGAAAUCUCAAGUACGGUGUAAAGAAUGUGGUCAUGUCAGUGUCCGCUUUGACCCUUUCAACUAUUUGUCAUUACCUUUACCAAUGGACAGCUGUGUUCAUUUGGAAGUUAUUGUGAUAUGGUUAGAUGGUUCUGUUCCGGUAAAGUAUGGUCUCAGACUUAACAUGGAUGAAAAAUAUAAAACCUUAAAGAAAGAACUUAGUAAACUCACUGAUAUUGCUGCAAACCAAAUCCUUUUUGUAGAAAUAUUUGGCUCAAUUGUAAAGACGCUACCUCAAGAUAAUCAAAAAGUUCGAACUCUACUUGGAGGAAGUUUAUAUGCUUAUGAGUUACCUCCUCCUGCCUCAAAUAGUGACACUGAUAUUGGUUCAACAGAUUCAUCAAUUGCUAUUAUUACAGCUUCUGUCAGCACUACAACUAAUUCUACAGCAAUUCCAACAACAGCUGGUAAAGAAUGUAUUGGUUUAAGUGAAAUACAAAGGGGAUUAUCAACAAGAAGAAGUCCAUAUCACAAUGUAAACAAGAAUGGAUCAAAUUCUGGCUCACUUCCUCAAAACAAUAGUUGGGACCCCCCAUCUCAAAAUUCAGACUUUUCUUCUCAUUCCUGCCUGACUAAUGGUAAUUCUGGAAGCAGUAAUGGCCAUUCACGGAAUCCAAGUAAUGCCAGUUCUUGUAGUAGCUCACUAAGUGACAGUUUAACACGAUCUGUUGGUGAUGUUUUCAAAGGAUUUAUUAUUGCUGUUCAUAGGAAGAUGAUCCAUGUGGAUGACUAUUUCUUGUCAUCUCAAAAAGCCCAUCCAGAUCUGUUUGGUACACCUUUGAUUUUACCAUGUCAAGAAAGCACAUCUAAUCAGAAUCUUUACCAAUUUGUCUGGACUCAAGUGGCCCGCUUAGUGAGCCCGCUACCACCAUCAGAAGCUAAGAUUCCGAAUCAUGCACAAGACUGUGAUGACAGUCUUGGCUAUGAAUAUCCAUUUACACUUAAAGUGGUUCAGAAAGAUGGUUUUGCCUGUGCCUGGUGUCCUUGGUACAAGUUCUGCCGAGGCUGUGUAAUUGACUGUAAUACAAACGUAUUUAACUUUGGGAGCUCAUUUGUGGCUAUUGACUGGGAACCUACAGCUUUGCAUCUGCGAUACCAAACAAGCAAUGAGAAGUUUAUUCAAGAGCAUCGUAGUGUAGAGGAAAGUCGCAGACUACAAACAGAACCCAUUGAUCUUGACACGUGCCUUCAAGCAUUUACUAAAGAAGAAGAGCUUGGGGAAGAUGAACUCUACUGCUGCUCCAAAUGCAAUAAACACUGUUUAGCAUCAAAAAAGCUUGACAUUUGGCGAUUACCACCUAUUUUAAUUAUAAAUUUGAAACGCUUCCAGUGUUUAAAUGGGCGCUGGGUUAAAUCUCAUAAAAUUGUCAAGUUUCCUUUCAAAGACUUUGAUCCUAGUUCUUAUAUAGCACCUCGUGCCAGACAGUACAAGAAAAUAAGCACUGAUCAUAUAGAACUGACCAAUAUUAGUGAAGAAGACCAAUGCAAUCGUAAUGUAAUUAAAAAUGGAGUCACCAACCAUGAAAGUAGUAAUUUUGCUAAUGAAUCUAGUUCCCUUCCAACCAUUCCUACCAUUCAAAAAGAACCUGUUUCUAAUCAUGUAGAAAAUUGCAUACAGCCUUGCUCCAAUUCAGAUUCUGUUGAAAAUAGCAGUAGCUGCAAACGACAGCGGGUAAUGCACAGCAACAGCAAAGAAUCAAUGCAAGAACUGCACCAACCAUUGACUAAUGGUGAUUCAUUUUCAAAGUACAUUGAUGUUAAAGAAAUAGAAAACCAAUCAAAAGAAAAAAACUGCUCAGCUUUAAGUCCAGACUCUGACUGUGAUGACAACAAUGUUCGCUAUGAUCUUUAUGCUGUCUCAUGUCAUACUGGCAUUCUUGGUGGUGGACACUAUGUAGCAUUUGCCAAAAAUCCUAAUAAUCGAUGGUACUGUUACAAUGACAGUAGCUGCAAGGAAGUCUUUUGGGAGCAAGUUGAUGGAAAUUCUGCCUACAUUUUGUUUUAUGAACGUCAAGGUGUCAAAUUUAGUAAAUUUAUGCCUGAUGUAUCAGAAAAGGAGCCUGAUAUACAAGAAAUUGAUGAUGAAUUUGAAUCGGAAUAUCGCAAAAUGUGUGUAAUCCAGUGAUGAAGAUUGUUUAUUUAACAUGACAUCUUUACUCUACACUUGACCCCUUCAAUAUUGCUUUACUCUACACUAGGCCAUAUCUGCUAACAGUCUAUGCAGUAUACCAAAUGUUGAACCGGUGCUAGAGCUUUGGUGCCUAGCAUCUAAAGUAGCUUACCUUCUUCAAAAAGUAAACAAAGAACUGAACACUACUUACCCUACAAUGUUUGUCUCUAAUGUCCUGUGUAAGCCUUCUCAUUGUUUCUAGUAAUGGCCAGUAGUUCUGGACUUAAUGGAAACAGAAGAUAUUCUACAAUUUCAUUUUAUUUAUUUAAUUUUUGUUGUUUUUUUUUUAAACGUAUAUUAAUUUCUUUUUCUUUUACUCAUAGCAUUAAGGAGAGCACAGAGGGUGGAGUGAUUAUUUACCCUUUUGUUCUCUUGUUUCAGUUUGGUCAUCUACUAAUCUCUUCAGAGGGAUUAGCUUCUUUCUUAAAAAAGAAAAAGCGUAAAUAAACCAUUCUCUGUGCUCAUUUUUAUUAGCUCAUGUUUAAUACAGGAGUAUGUAAAGUUGCAAUAGAAAGAUACACCAAGUGCUAUGUGUGUUUACUCUCUUCUUUCACAAAACCUUUUUUUACAUUGUAAUUUAUUUGAUAUUAAAAAUUUGUUUCUAUUUAAAA